AUGUCUUCAGAGCUUACUCCAGCAAAGAAGUUGAUUGCGGCUUACAAUUCCAUUUCCGGAGGCCUGUGGGGAAUUGUCCUAUUCAACACUGUCUCCUUGUCUCUAUGGGUGGGACAGCCCGAGUUCUUCCAGCUCUCUAACAAAACCACCACGUUCAUCCAAACUCUAGCUGCAAUUGAGAUCUAUAAUGCUGCCACCGGCUUAGUGAAAUCGCCGGUAUUCACAACCGUCAUGCAGGUUUUGUCGAGAUACUUACUUGUAUGGGGUAUUUUCCAGGUACUUCCAGACUCUCCUGCGAACGGCCAUUGGUCCUAUAUUACAUUAUCUCUGUGCUGGUCUGUUACAGAGAUUAUCAGAUACUUCUACUAUUCUCAGAAUAUCCUCACCAACGGUAACCCACCCAAGAUUUUGACCAUCCUGAGAUACAACACCUUCUACGUUCUGUACCCGGCCGGAGUUGCCAGUGAACUGACCAUGGUUUACUUGUCGUUGGACGAGGCCAAAGAGGUAGUGGGUGUGUGGUACUAUUACCUGCUCAUUGCAGUAAUGUUCACCUACAUCCCAGGCUUCUACACCCUGUACACCCACAUGAUCAAGCAGAGGAAGAAGGCCAUGAAGGCAUUGAGGGAGGGGGGAAAGGAGUCAAAGGAAAAGAAAGCGAACUGA